AUCCAAUAUAUCCACGAAACGCCUCUUCAACCACAAAUCCAACAAUCUCGGAUAUUCACUUUCUAUCUACACACAUGUCCAACACAACAAAUCCCAUAUCUUACCCUCGGCAACCGGCACCCAUCCCCUUUACCAUGGCUCCCACUCUCACCCAACGCUCCUCCCCGCGCCGCCAAGUUCCCACCCCCUCUCUUGGCGAACUCCCUCACUCACCAUUGACAUCACUCCAUAUCAUUUGCACCCCAGGACCCAGAUCCCCCAGAUCCCCAGAUUCGCCUGUACUGUAAGAAAGUCUCGUUCCAGACUACAAGAUGUAAGUCUCGGCGCGGGGAAGGGAGUAUGCGGCCAAGAGGUUUAAGCCAAAGUAUUGGGGGAUGCUUGCAUCUUUCUUACUCGGUGGGUGAGUGAAGCUUGGUAUUGGGAUGGGCUGUCAGAGUAUUUAGUUUUAGGGUGUUCCGGUCCCAUGGUUUGUUUGGGAUCAAGAUCAAGAAAAGUUCUUAAUUUCUUAUUUUGAUCUUGAUCUGAUCUACAUUCUCCAAUCCCUGGAGAGAUUCUGGCAUCUCAAUCCUUGACCUUGACCUUGACUUUGACACUUCCCUCACUUCUGUACUCCCAGCCUUUAAUAUCACUCUUAUUCAAUAUUACUCUGAGAUUGGAGCGUCAUCACAUCAUGGCGUCUACAGCAGACAAUCGAAACUCCAGCACAGAAGACGUUGAGAUCGCUCUCGGCGACGAGAAGCACGAUGCUAUGCACAUGGAGAAGGUAGAGAGUGGGAGGAAUCCACAGGUGGUGUAUGGGAUUGAUGAGGCGCAUCAGAAGAAAGUGAUUCGAAAAGUCGAUAUCCGCUUGUUGCCAAUGCUGGGUCUGAUGUACUCGAUCUCACUCGUCGACCGGACGAACCUGGGGCUUGCGCUGGUGGCUGGUAUGCAGCAAGACUUGGAACUUGCUGUGGGGGAUAGGUAUACGGUUAUUGUGAUGGUGUUUUUUGUGGCGUAUAUUAUAUUCGAGAUUCCUAGCAACAUCAUCCUUCCUAAAGCCGGCCCAGCAAAUUGGCUUGCAUUCCUCGGCGUCGGAUUUGGAUCUGUUCUUAUCGGUAUGGGAUUCGUCAAGCACUGGGGCAUGAUGGCUCUUUGUCGCGCCUUACUUGGAGUUCUGGAAGCUGGAUUCUUACCAGGAUGCACCUACCUCAUCACCUGCUGGUACACCCGUUUCGAAGUCGGAAAACGCCUCGCAGGAUUCUGGAUUCUUUCUGUCAUCCUCGGUGGUUUCGCAGCGAUCUUCGCCUAUGUCCUCACUCUCCUCAAAGGGAGAGAAGGAUUGAAUGGCUGGCAAUGGAUCUUCAUAAUCGAAGGAGCCAUAACCGUCUUCGUCUGCACCCUAGGCUGGUUCGUAAUCGUCGACUUCCCCGCCAAAGCCGGGAAAUUCCUCGCCCCCGAAGAAAAGAAAUUCAUGAUCGACCGCAUCAACAACGACCGCGGCGACGCAGAAGAAGACCAGGUCAACGCGCGACGUAUUCUGCAUCAUCUCAAGGACUGGCGAUUGUAUUUCUGGAGUUUCAAUCUUAUGGCUUCAACGCUUCCAGGCUAUGCAUACUCAUAUUUCCUGCCUGUGAUUCUGAAGCAGGGGAUGGGAUAUACGACUGCGCAGAGUCAGUUGUUGAGUGCGCCGCCGUAUGUGCUUGCUGCAAUCAUGACGUAUACGUCGGGGUGGUUGGGUGAUAGGUUUCAUAUUCGAGGACCUAUUAUUGCGGUCCAUCAGCUUCUGACGGCCGUGGGGAUGUUGAUUACGGCUUUCGGAGGAAGUAAUGGUGCGAGAUAUUUUGGGGCCUUUUUGGGGAUUGGGUUCUUGCAGUAUUGUAUUCCGGGAGUGAUUACCUUCCAAGCUAACAACAUUACUUCACACUCCAAACGAGCAGUUGCUGCGGCUACUUGCAUGAUGGGCGGAGGACUCGGCGGUAUCUUCGCAAGUGUCGCUUUCAAGCAGACAGAAAGUCCGAAAUACACAACUGGUAUCUUCGUCACACUCGCUACAUCGAUCACUAGCAUCCUCUUGAUUUGCAUCAUGGAUCUCUAUUUCUGGCGCUGCAAUAAGAGAGCUCGUGCUGGGACGCAAAGAAAUGAGGGCAUGUCUGAUUGGUAUUACACAUAUUAGAUAGAAUCACGAAAGACUAAUUAAGGGAGUGGAGCUCUCAGCUUCCAAACAGGGUCUCGUAGAUUCUUAGAGGACGAUAGACUGAUAUUUUUAUCAAACAAUCGUAUUGUAGAUCUGAAUGAUACGAGUUUAGAAUUGCGUGAAGAAGCCAUGGCGGUCAUCGAGUUCCUCAGCUCCACAAAGGGCGUUCUCAAGCUGACCCCUCAUUCGUGGGU